AUGACGAAAGAAUUAGCCACGCAGGAUGAGGGGGUUACAGCACUCCUGAGUUUCGUGUAUUCGGGUGCAAUAGGGUCUCCUAAAGGGAAGGGUGUGGGUUAUGCGCUGGCCAAAGAAACAGGGACCGCUUUCACUUGGGUAGCUGCUCUGGAGGAUAUCGAGGGUCCCCCAGCGCCCAUCGAUCGAUACCUUAUAACCUUCGACAGACAAUCAAGAAAAGUUCUUCCGCCAAAACCUGUCGUGCUCCUCGAGCAAGAGCUCGCGGAAGCAAUCCUUGCGGCCACGGGCUACCAUAUUGCCUCGUCAACGAGGUUCACCGAUGGAGCGCUAAGCAUCUCAUACAAGAUCACAGUCCAAGAAAGACCGGACAUCGCCUAUAUCCUCCAGCUACGCCAUCAUGGCUCGGUAGCGUCCAUGGACUCUUUCAUGGAAUUCGUUUCCACGACGGCCGACCCGCAGAUAUUGCCUUUGCCGCAGGUGUUUCCGAUCCCCGGAGAGGUGGAUCGGCAACUGGCGGCAGGAAUGGGCCGACAAAUCACUCGGUUCGUCCCGGGCAUCAUCGCAUCCUCGAUUUACUCACGGUUGUCCCACCAGGAGAAGCUUGUUCUCGUCCGAAAAAUGGGACUUGCCUUCCAGGCCUGCUGGGAGAUUGAGUUGCCAAAGCCUCGUCUCAUUGGUGAGCUCAUCGCACGCCCAGCUGAGGCCGGCCGAACUACCUUGGAGGUCGGGCCGGAUCGGCACCACGGCCUAGGAGGCCCUUUCCAUUCCGUCCGGGACUAUCUUCGAGCCUACAUCAGGUCGUCACUGGUGAGGCUCCAGAAGCAACAAGGGAUCGAAGAGUACAAGGAUAGUUUCCAACACCGCGUUGAGGAGUUUGUCGAAAACCGCCUCGACAAGAGCAUUCCAGACGUUGUGGAAGACAUUCCCAUCGUAGCCGUCCAUGCAGACAUGGGCCUACACAAUGUCAUCGUGUCCGAGCAGGCACCGACCGAGAUCCAAGCCUUCAUCGACUGGGAGUUUGUUUCUAGUGCCCCAUACGCCUCGCUGCACCGCAUCAUCGAGAUGCUUUUCCGCAAGCCUGCACCCAAUGGAUUUGGCGCCGAGUACGAUGGCGCGGGCGAGCUCCGGGACGCUUUCUGGAACGCCAUCCCCGAUUGGAAGCGAUGCAAUCAGAGCCAGGCGACACGCGUCUUUCUUGAGUGGUACAGGUUCGGCCUUUUUAUGAAACCGGAAUGGAGACCUGACGGGUUAACCCCCGAGGAGAAAGAUGGCUAUUGGAGAGAAAACAUUCGGGUUGUGGAGGGCAUUUUGGACAACUUCCCACCCCCCAAAAUCUUCACCAGCGCACUCCUCUCCAACCCCGACAUCACCUCCCUCAUCCGCGACACCGAAGCCCACGAGCGCGCCCUCUUCUCCGUCCCCGCCCCGCCCCCACCCCCACCAGCACCAACGACAACCCGGCAGAACCCAGACCCGGCCCCGCCCAAGCCCUCCUCGCGCCGCCAGACCGUCUUCAACGUCGCCGCCGGCGAGGUGACCACGGGCCCGCCGCCCAACUCCACCCGCACGGGACCGACCGCGCGCCGUAACACCGCCGUGGCGGCCGUCCUGGGCGGGGACCUCCACGCGCAGAUCACCCGCCGCGGGGGGCAAGGGCAGGGGCAAGGGCAGGGACAAGGGCAGGGACAGGGACAGGGACAAGGCGGUGGUGGUGGUGAUGUCGACAUCGAGGUGCUGCUGCACGGGGCCGAGAAGCUGUGCGCCGUGUACCCGCUGCCCGGCGCGCUCGAGCGCAUCCCCGCGCAGCGCCAGAAGUAUGCGCAGCAGAGCGGUACGUUGGCGUACUAUGAGGGGAAGGUGGCGGAGCAGCAGGGCGCGUUGGAGAGGGUGAAUUUGGAGAGGGCUUGGGAUGGGGAUGGGGAGGAGGAUGAGGAUGAUGGAGGGGGAGACGGGGAGGAGGGGUUGCUGGGCGAGGUGGGGAUGACGGAGGAGGAUCUGAGGCAGGAGGAGGCGGAGGUGAGGGCGUUGGAGAAGAAGAAGAGGGUGUUGCAGGCGCGGUUGAAGGCUAUUGACAGUGAUCUUGGCGGUUUGCUCGACAUCUAG